GUUCGCCGCUGUCCUGUCUGGCCGACCGGUGUCUGCUCCGCGCUCUGCGGCGCUUCCACCCCGAAAAUCUCAACCUCCUCGCUCACCUCCCCGGCUCCCGGUCUCCCCCACCCCUUCCCCACCACCUCUCCGCCCGGUGAAUGCACCAGCGCCGAAAACAUGACGGGCAUCGCCGCCGCUUCUUUCUUCUCCAAUUCCUGCAGGUUCGGGGGCUGCGGUCUCCAGUUCGAGACUCUCGCCGAGCUCAUCGUCCACAUCGAGGACAAUCACAUCGACACAGAUCCGCGGGUCCUGGAGAAGCAGGAGCAACAGCAGCCCACUUAUCUGGCCCUAAGCUACAUCAACAGGUUCAUGACGGAUGCAGCGCGCCGGGAGCAGGAGACCAUGAAGAAGAAGGCCACGCCCAAACUGUCCCUGUCCCUCACUGGCGGAGUAUCCAGGAAUAGCACGGCCACGCCUCCUCGACACACCAGCGGUAACCUGACGCCUCCCGUCACACCCCCCAUCACCCCCUCCUCCUCCUUCCGCAGUAGCACACCUACAGGCAGUGAGUAUGAUGAGGAGGAGGUAGACUAUGAGGAGUCGGACAGCGAUGAGUCGUGGACCACAGAAAGCGCCAUCAGCUCCGAGUCCAUCCUCAGCUCCAUGUGCAUGAAUGGGGGAGAGGAGAAGCCGUUCGCCUGCCCCGUCCCCGGCUGCAAGAAGAGAUACAAGAAUGUGAACGGUAUCAAGUACCACGCCAAGAAUGGUCACCGCACGCAGAUCCGCGUGAGGAAACCCUUUAAGUGUCGCUGUGGCAAGAGCUACAAGACCUCGCAGGGCCUGAGACACCACACCAUCAACUUCCACCCGCCUGUCUCCACCGAGAUCCUGCGCAAGAUUCAAGGCUAGAGCCCAAGAUCCCACCGAUCUCUGCCCCAAACAUAGCCCUGUCCUGACUUCCCUUUAUCCCCAUCCCUUCACACUAAAGGAUCAUGUGUGUGCUUUAAUUUUCUUGUUUCAUCUUUUUUGUUUGUAUGUUUUACAUACUUUGUUUUCUAUCCAUGUUAUAUCAAUUGUAUUUUGAGAAAGAAAUGUAUCUUUGUAGUAUUUUCAUUGUUGUACAUUUGCACAUUCGUAUAUGCUAUCACGUUAUUUUUUUCUAUAUUUUGUUUGACUUACAUAAGGUGCUAAAUGUAAAAAACAGAAAGAAAAAACACAAAAACAAACGAUAUGAAAGAUGGGAAACGUAAAAGAUGUGAAACAGGAAGUGCAACCAAGCCCUGCCCCUUUCCCUACUGUCUUUGAGUGGGAUGAAGUUGACAUUAGUGCUGAUCUGAGUUCAGUGGUUGUUUCAUUCCCUUUUCGUUCGAUGCAGAGUUCACUGAGCUUAGAUCUGUGCCUUCGCAGUAACUUCUGAGGGUUUCAGUGCGAGAGUUAAGUUAUACUUUAAAUAGAUAUAUUGAUAUAUAAACAAUAGACAGAUAUGUAUGUGUACAUAAUAAAUAUAUAAAGGUAUUCAUGAGCAUAUACAUAAAUAGUUACACUUUAUUUUCAAGCUUUAUUUGAUAUAUUUUUUAUAUUUUUGUCAGUGUUUUCAUUCUCUUCGGUGUCAGUAAGAGUUACUUUCAUUCCUUAUUUGCUCAGCCGGGUCAAGGUCAAACAGCUGGCUGACUUUAGGUUUGGAGAGUUUUCUCCCACCACACCUCUAGAUAUAGAGCCAAAAGGCCUUUCGGUUUGACACUCUGAAUUGUGUGCGAUGUUUUACUGUUGAUCAGGAAGGAACCUAUGAGAACACGAUCCAUAUCUUGAACAUGUCAUCCCCACGGAAAGCCAUCCAUGUAUUUCAUAUCUCCAGUGUUUCCUCAUUCAGAGUGCCAGAGCUGUGUUCAAGAGACUUAGCCGGGAAAGCCGGUUAAGCAUCAUUCUGUAUUCCAGUUGCCAAGAUCUUUGUUGUUUAGUUUUUUUCCAUGAUGUUGCCAACAGCUCUCCACUGCCAAACACUGACCAUACCAUGUGCCUGAUGAGGGGGGAGGGGAGGGAUGUUUGGUGGGUGGGUAGGUAGGGGGCGGGAGUAAUAAUGGUUUCACCCUGGAGGUCGCCAAAUGUGUGGCAAUGAUUUUCUUCUUCAUUGCUCCUCCAAAAUGUGCGCAUGAGUGGAUGUACAUCGACGGAAUGUGUUCAUGCAUGCUUUCUGUGUCGUGAAGAGAGGAGUAUUGUGUGAAAGAAGAUUUGUAUUUGAAAGAGAUUACCACCUACAACCCGUUGUGUGUGUGUGUGUGUGUGUGUGUGUGUGUGUGUGUGUGUGCGUCUGUGUUGUAGACGAGAGCAUUCCAGUUCAUUGUACGGAUGUGUGUGUUUUUUCAGCAGUAUCCAAGUCAUCAGCUAUAGAGUGUUACUGUAUUCUGUGUUUCAGUGGUCUGACCUGUCGUGUUGUGUGUGUGCCAUGCCGCUGGUUCGACUCCUGUGGAGCAGGAUGGCUAGCGGUGUUGCGUUAUGUUGUGUAGCGGUAGCCAACUCGUUGCCCCUGACUGGGAAUUCAUCAUUCAUUGCCUCUAAGAAAAACAAGAGCGUUGCAGUAAAGCUGCUGCGUGCCAACACACAUUGUUUCAUAACAUCAUUUUCCACAUCGUGCACAAAGUUUUAAAUCUGCAGAAUGCUCAACGAAUGAGUUUCUUUCUCCUUCGCUCUUUUUGAAGGGUACAGUGACCUCUGACAUGCACACACCCUCCUGUCCUCCAGGCUGCUGUUGCCAUGCAAACCACAUGGUUUGCAUGGCAAGGAGACUUUUUAUAAGACUUUUUGAUACUUCAUUUUCCACAUAAUUGUUUCUGCUAUGUGUUUAUUUCAUUAUUUUUUUUAAACAUACUGUUCUUAUUAUUGUAAUUAUCAUACGCCUGUACUGUACUUACAAUGCCUUCAAUUAGCGUGCUACCUAACAAAAAGCACAAGUGUGUGUGUGUGUGCCUGAAAGACAGCCACGUCUAUUCUGAAGCACUGAUAAGUGAACCAAGAUCCCCAAAAUCUUGAUAUCAGUUUCAAAGUGGUUCCAUGAACUUCUUACCCCGAAAGUAACCCUGAGAUAAUGGUUUGCGUGCGAUAGAAAAGCUUCAUUCCUGCCUCUCGGCGUCAGGGAAGAGUUCCCGUGGCCGAGACGGGUCUAGAUGGACGGAGACUGAGAGUCUGCCGUUGGAGCUCUGUCAAACACUCGUAAAACCAUCCCCUGCUUCACGGUCACCAUGGCAAUAGUUUCAGAUUUACACAGGGUCCAAUUGCAGUAUUACACAUAUGGGAGAGGAGGAGCGGAGGCUGUGUGCAGGAGGAGGCGGCGAGGGAGGGGUUUCAAUAUACUGUGUACAGUGAAUGUAUUGUAACGUGUCUGUUGUCAAGUGCUUUUAAAUUAUAUUUUCGUAUGUAACGUGGAGACCAACGUUUCCUUUUUGUAUGGGGGGACAACAGGUUGUGAGCAGAGCGACAUGUAAAUGAUGUCAAAGUGUCUUUCUAUAUAAAAGAAAAGCUGCUUAAAUGUAAACAAGAAAUGACUGAAGAAAAAAACCCAUAAAAAUAAAAGUGUAAAGCUCUG